AUGUCCCUCCUGCCGCUGUUGUCUGUUGAAGGAACAGAUAAUCUACAGACACACAUCACUCCGACCCCAGAGUCCUUUCCUCUCGGGAAAUUGUUACCAAUUUCACCAACAUGGCCUUUCUUGGAAGUCAAGUCUUCCUCAGCAGUAGACGGAACCAAGCAUGUUCUGGGACAGCCUCCUGACAACACAAGCUCCUCGCAGCUAUCCCAGACACCUCUGCGCAAGGCCCACCGCAGAACCAGGGCUCGUGUGGACUUCUCUUCGUCCCUUUACCAAGGAAGUGGAAACAGCGCCUCCCUAGAUCUUGCCAAGGACUCUACUGAGACUGUGGUCCACACAAGGCCUGGAGGGGGAAGAGAAGCAGCGGCCAUGUCAGGUUUGCCUCGUACCAGCAUGUUUCCCUCAUUGCCUACAGCUCCAUCAGCCACCUUGAGUACCGCUUCCCCAUCACAGCCUGUGGUGGGGAUUCCCUCCCUUUCAAAGCAUCUCUUGAUGUCAGACAGCCCUCCACUUCCCCCUCCACCACCAUCAUCUUCAUUGGCCCCUGAUUCACCUCAUUCCAUCACCCCUCCUGCGCCUAUAGAGCAUCCUACCAAAGUGCCUUUGUUUCCCCAGAUCACACCAGCUGACUCCUCUUCAGGCCAGAGCCCAGUUAAUUUCCUAAACCCAUUUUCUCUCAAAACAAACCACUCUCCAUCCAGAAAUGCCCGGACUUCCAUAGGUACCCCUCCUUUAGACUUUCUUAGAUCCUCAACAAGGCAGUACUCUGAGCCGUCCCUAUUAGAGAGUCCCCGCUCAGCAGGUCCUCCCACUCCUGGGGCUCUGAGCUCCAUGGCAGAACUGGACCACCUGCCUCCCCCUUCCCUAACCCCUGGAGGCCUUCCAGGUGGAACCUCCUCAUGGUCCAUGUUGGAAGAGACUUCGAGACCUGCAUCCACCCAGCUGGUCCACACAGUGGGGGCUGUCAGAGGGAGCAGUGGGGUACCAUUGCCAAUUAGUCUGAGCACAGUGGCAGCAAGCUAUGAGGCUUGGCCUCUACAUUUCCAGACUGCAGAGUCAGUGAUAAGCAGCAGAAAGCUAGCCCCUGUUUCUCCAGCAAAUAGCCCCACCAACUGGUCACAUUUGUCAGAAGCUCCGAAGCAUUUCAGGAAGCCCACCCUCUCCCCAAAACACAGCCCUUCCUCUUUGCUGCCUUCUUUGCCUCCAACUACACCUAGUCAGGAGCAAAUGGUCCCUUCUGAGGCAGCUCCUGGGUCACCACUGAAGGGGACAGGAGCCCCUCCCUCUCUGCUUAUCACCCUCCAGCCCACUAGAGAUCAUGCCUCCCCAGCCUCUGUGCCAGAGGCAUUCGCUCCCCGUGAAGAUGGCCACGAUGAAUACCUUCCUGAUGCAGCCAUGCAGCUCCUCUCAAGCAACCGUCCUAAUCUUCCUCCUACAAUUUGGACAUUUCCUCAGCAAAAAGAGGACAGGGUGACAGCCAUUUUCAGGAAAAAUGAAAAGGCAAAAGGGACAGUUCCUCUGUGGGCCCUUCCGACUAAAGAGGCUUCAAGUCUUCAGGCAGUGAGUGGAUUCACCUCUGAUUUUAACACAGGUCAUAUUUCACCUCUAAACAAGACAGCUCUAAGAACAGUCCUCUCUCCAUCAGAGCCACCUCCAUUAUCCAUGCUCGCCACACAAGCCCCUCAGGCAGGUCCUCCUGCCUCUUCCAGAGCCAGGCUGGAGACUCUCACAGCUGUCACAAGCCUGUCUGUGAUGCCAGCUUCAGCUUCCAAACAGGUGACAGCGCUUCCCUCCUCCGCCACUGUCUAUGAUUUCCCCACAAUGGGAGGCAUGAGAAAGCCAGCAGCCACAGAUGCUUUCUGGAGCUCUCUUUCAGCAGAAAAUGCAUCCUUCUCCACACAAUCGACAAUAUCUGGCUUGCCAUGGCAAACAGAUCAUGAUUUAAACACGCAUACAAUUAACUCUAUAAGUUGGGAACCUCAUCCAGCUUCAGCGACUCCUCCCAGCGGUACAACUGCAGCUGUCAAUGCGAUGCAGUCUCAGAAUUUCAAAGAGACUGCCGGGCAGUCGGUGACUAUAGACAGCUUUAACUUUCAGGAUCUAGUCUUCAGCCAAAGUGGCAGUCAGCCCCUCCAACCAUCUGAAGGGGCCAUAGCUGAAAGCCACACCGACCUGUGGCACACAAACAAGCAUCCAAGAGACUUUGAGACCGCAAUUGUUGAUUAUUACCCACCUACAAGUCAACAUCCUGUGUCACAGCUGCCUCUCCGGCCAGCCCAUCCUCUUUGGCCAACAUGGCCAAGUUUAGCCUCUGCAGCUAGCUUGCAGCAAAUGCUUUCAGAUGGAACAGACACAGAUUCACAGAUUUCCAGUGACAUCUAUCUAUCACCGGGGAAAAAUGGCUUCCCACAAUUCCAGAGUGUCCUGCAAUAUCAUUCAACUACAGAUUCAACCUCUAUAUCAACUGGUGCCUUUCUCAGGACCCCCUCAAAAGUGCUGCGAACUUCUCGGCGCCCCAAGAAAUGGACAGGUGCAGCUACUAAUGCAGAACUGACAGCAACAGCUGCAGCUGCUGACACCACCACGUUGUUUCUGAGGAAGUCAACCCCAGCAGCGUUGUCGGCAGCCCUCACUGCAAAGGGCGCUGGCGGCGGCGGCAGUUUCGCCAAGAGCAGUCUGACCACGGCGCUAGCUAAAAAUGUCACCAACAAGGCAGCAUCAAGCCCAAAGGUGACAGCAGGGACAGUCCACACUGCAUUCCCAUUCACACCAACCUACAUGCUCGCCCGGACGGCAUACGGCAUGAGCACACAUACAGCCACACAAGGGGCCACGGGCUCUGCUUCAGGCCUGCUGUCCACAACACACCUCCCCAAGAAACCACAAGCCAUGCACACUGGCCUCCCCAAUUCUGCCAGGCCAGACACAGCCAGAGCCUCCACGACCCGCCCUCUCACAAUCACAGCUGCGUUGACAUCCAUUACAGCAUCAGUGAAGGCCACGAGACUGCCAUCUUUGCAGACAGAUGCUGCUUUUCCGGCUGUAUCUACCGCAGUGGUCACAACUGGCAGGAUGGCAUCCAACUUGGACUGUCAGAUGUCCCACAGGCUCCUAGUAAAGACAGUUCUCUUCCUGACCCAGAGGAGAGUGCAAAACAGCGAGUCCUUGAAGCUUGGUGUAACCAAAGGGCUUACACAGGCAUUGCGGAAGGCCUUCCGCCACAAUGAUGUCUCCGCUCACGUGGACAUCCUGGAAUAUUCUCAUAAUGUCACAGUCGGCUAUUAUGCUACCAAAGGGAGGCUGGUGUAUUUGCCUGCUGUGGUGAUGGACAUGCUGGAUGUGUAUGGAGUCAGCAACGUCACUGCCGACCUGAAGCAACACACUCCCGCCUUACAGUCAGUGGCGGUGCUUGCCUCCCCAUGGAAGCCCCAGCCUGCAGGUGCCUUCCAGCUGAAGACAGUGUUGCAGUUUGUAAGCCAGUCAGACAACAUUCAGUCCUGCAAGUUUGCCCAGACGAUGGAGCAGAGGCUGCAGAAGGCAUUCCAGGAUGCAGAGAGGAAGGUCCUUAACAGCAGGAGCAACCUGACACUUCAGAUUGUGAGCACGUCCAACGCCUCCCAGGCCGUCACACUGGUGUAUGCUGUGGGCAACCAGAGCUCGUUCCUCAACGGCACCGUGGCCAGCAGCCUCCUCAGCCAGCUCUCAGCAGAGCUGGUGGGAUUCUACCUCACUUACCCUCCACUCACCAUCGCUGAACCACUGGAAUAUCCCAACCUUGAUAUAUCAGAAACAACCAGAGACUACUGGGUCAUCACAGUGCUCCAGGGUGUAGACAACUCGCUGGUGGGCCUACACAAUCAGAGCUUUGCCCGGGUCAUGGAGCAGCGUCUAGCCCAACUGUUCAUGAUGUCCCAGCAACAGAGCCGGCGGUUUAAAAGGGCCACCACCUUGGGAAGCUAUACCGUGCAGAUGGUAAAGAUGCAGCGAGUGCCAGGACCAAAGGACCCAGCAGAGCUGACAUAUUACACACUGUACAAUGGGAAGCCACUGCUGGGGACUGCAGCAGCCAAGAUCCUGAGCACCAUCGACUCCCAGAGGAUGGCCUUGACCCUGCAUCACGUUGUCCUUCUACAAGCUGACCCCGUGGUGAAGAAUCCACCCAACAACCUGUGGAUCAUCGCUGCAGUGCUGGCACCCAUCGCUGUGGUCACUGUCAUCAUCAUCAUCAUCACUGCUGUGCUCUGUAGGAAGAACAAGAAUGACUUCAAGCCGGACACCAUGAUAAACCUGCCUCAGAGAGCAAAGCCCGUGCAAGGCUUUGACUAUGCCAAGCAGCAUCUGGGCCAGCAAGGGGCAGAUGAGGAGGUCAUCCCUGUGACUCAGGAAACAGUGGUCCUUCCCAUACCUGUCAGAGAUACUCCUCAGGAAAGAGAAACGGCUCAGGAUGGGAGCACCAUCAAGACGGCUAAGUCCACCGAAACCAGAAAGAGCAGGUCGCCCAGUGAGAAUGGCUCUGCCAUCAGCAACGAAUCAGGAAAGCCCAGCUCAGGGAGGCACUCACCCCAGAAUGGAAUGACACAGCAGAAAGUGACAAAGGAGGAGACCAGGAAGAGAAAUGGGACAGCAAGUGAUGAAGAGGAGGGAGUGGGUCUCUUUGACAGUGCUGGCAAGGCAGCAGCAGAUCCCUUUGACACAUCCUCAGGAUCCGUGCAGCUCAUCGCUAUCAAACCAUCCGCCCUGCCCGUAGUGCACCCUGCCUCAGACAGGGGCCAGGAGUCCUCAGUGGCACUCAAUGGUGAGGUGAACAAGGCUCUGAAACAGAAAUCAGACAUUGAGCACUACCGGAACAAACUGCGCCUGAAAGCUAAGAGGAAGGGGUAUUAUGACUUCCCCCCAGUGGAAACAAGCAAGGGCCUGACGGAAAGGAAGAAGAUGUAUGAGAAAGCCCCAAAGGAAAUGGAGCAUGUUCUAGACCCAGACCCAGAAGCGUGUGCCCCCUUUGCAGAGUCUAAAAACAGGCAACAGAUGAAGAACUCUGUCUACAGAAGCCGGCAGUCUCUGAACAGCCCAAGUCCGGGAGAAACCGAGAUGGACCUUCUGGUCACACGCGAGCGACCUCGGCGUGGAAUUCGGAACAGUGGAUACGAUACCGAACCCGAGAUCAUAGAGGAAACCAAUGUGGACAGAGUCCAUGAGCCCCGGGGCUACGGCAGGGCACGGCAGGUGAAAGGCCACUCAGAGACCUCCACACUGAGCUCGCAGCCCUCCAUCGACGAAGUCCGGCAACAGAUGCACAUGCUUCUAGAGGAAGCUUUUAGCCUGGCAUCCGCUGGCCACGCAGGCCAAAGCCGGCACCCGGAGGCCUAUGGCUCUACUCAGCACCUGCCAUAUUCAGAGGUGGUGACCAGUGCUCCGGGGACCAUGACACGGCCCAGGGCUGGAGUGCAGUGGGUGCCCACCUACCGCCCAGAAAUGUACCAAUACAGUCUGCCCCGACCGGCUUACAGGUUUUCCCAGCUUCCUGAAAUGGUCAUGGGCUCUCCCCCGCCACCAGUACCUCCCAGGACAGGUCCUGUGGCUGUGGCUUCCCUCAGGCGGUCCACCUCAGAUAUUGGCAGCAAGACCCGGAUGGCUGAGUCCACAGGACCUGAGCCCGCCCAGUUGCAUGAGAGUGCCUCGUUUGCCCAGGUGUCCAGAGGUCCCGUGUCAGUGACGCAGUUGGAUCAGUCGGCUUUAAAUUACUCAGGUAACACAGUGCCGGCGGUGUUUGCCAUCCCAGCUGCCAACAGACCUGGCUUCACUGGCUACUUCAUCCCAACACCUCCCUCGUCCUACAGGAGCCAGGCCUGGAUGUCCUAUGCAGGAGAGAAUGAGCUCCCAAGUCAGUGGGCUGAUUCGGUCCCUCUUCCUGGAUACAUAGAGGCCUAUCCCCGAUCACGUUAUCCACAGAGCUCACCCUCCAGGCUCCCUCGCCAGUAUAGCCAGCCAACCAACCUUCACCCAAGCCUAGAGCAGGCCCCCAUCCCCUCCACAGCUGCCUCACAGCAGAGCCUGACGGAAAACGAGCCUCCAGACACUCCAUUGACCAACAUUUCCACUGCAGCCCUCGUGAAAGCUAUCCGGGAGGAAGUGGCCAAGCUGGCCAAGAAGCAGACAGACAUGUUUGAGUUCCAGGUCUAAUGCCUCAACCCUGAGGGAAUCUGCACUUAAAGUCUGUGAGACAACAAACAGGCUUUGGGUUCCUCUCCCCUAAUGUGUGGGGGCUCCAGACAAUGUAUGGGUCUUUCUCAUCCUCAGAUUCUAAAAAUGUCAACCAUGGGGCUGCUGGGA